ACGAGUUGAGAUGGCGGGAAAAGGGCCACUUCAAACAGGAUAUAUGCGGCCGAUUGAUAACGAUAAUAUCCUGUUCUAGCUUGCUCCUAUACACAAGGACUUCUAACACGUUGGCUACAUCACAACACACAUACGCAUUUUUGUUUCAUUACGAAAAGAGACGAUACAGAACGAACUGCUCUGCAUAACGUUAUUAGCCAAUGUGUCCUCAUCGCGUAUAGUCACUCGUGAAACGCGUAACGUGAUCUGUAUUUGAAAAAGAUUUCACGACGUUGGGUCUUGUCCGACACUUGUUUGUUUGCUGCAUCUCUUUUUCUUUUACGUCCUCCAGCUCAUUUCCAUGUUAACAAUGGCCAGCAAGUCGUUUACCAUCGAUCACAUUCUUCACGGUCAUUCUACCACCGAUUCAGAGGCUUCCGUCGGCGAAACUGUUUAUCCUCAGUCGCAACAUUACGUUCCUUAUUGGGCGGGUGAUUCUUAUUGCCCGUCGUCCAGUUGGCCCGUUCAGAAUCCAAUGUCUGCGGCCCUUUGGCUGCCUCAACAAGGACAACCACAUCACGCUAUGCCCGUCGAUCUUUCAACAGGAACUCAACGUCUGUCUCACCUGCAAACGAAUUCAGAGGCGGCAACGCCAAACCUGACGCCUCAAUCGUCCAUGUUCAACGGCAGCAGCAAUUGGAUGAUUCCGUCGGCGGCCAUGGCCGGAUGUUGGACAAGCACAAGCAGCCCUGAACUCUUGUCUUAUUCCCAUCACCACGGUUUAUCAACGCCAUUGACUUCCACAUCAAUCCCUUCGCCAUUCUUCUUGACUCAUCAGCAUCCGCAUCAAGCGGCCAUCCGUUUGGCUGCUGUGGCAGCCCGGCGUCAUCGCCACAUGCCCAUUUUGCAUCAACAGGCGACCAGAAAAGGCGGCCAAAUCCGUUUUACUCACCGCCAAAGUCAUUGCUUGGAAGAGACCUUCAGUUCGACCCGUUAUUUAACGCCCGGCCAACGCAGAGCGCUGGCCAAUAAACUUUCACUUAGCGAACGUCAGGUGAAAACGUGGUUCCAAAAUCGACGAGCCAAGUGGCGCCGAAGUCGCAAGGGAGAAAAGCUUUUGAUGAACGUGUUACCGAAAAUCGAUAACCAGGCGACAAUCGACGUCUUUGACGACGAAGAGGAGGAAGACGACGACGAGUUGGAGUUUAGUAGCGAAGACGAGAAGAAGAAGCCAACUGCGAUCAACAACAAGCACAAACAGUAGUCAAUUGGAUUUUCAGGUUCAACUGAUGACAUCCAACAGAGAAGUGUGUGCUGACUCCGAAGGUGAACGCAACCACUUCACGCUAAACGGAACCCCAUGACUUCGGGGGACAGAGAAACGAUUAGAAGGCACUUUUUCUUUCUUAAAUGCGGCAUGGCAAAUCUCCACGUCGUUUCACUCCGGCCAUGUCGCCCUUCUAUAUAGAAACAGUGUCGUAUGCGAAGCUCUUCGGAGGACCAGUAUAAAUAAGGCUACCAUAUAUCGGCCUGCUGAAAACACGAGAAUGGCUUCAGUUGUAUCGUACAAGACGACGGUGGGGGAGAAAGCCACCACCAGUCAAACUGAUAGAAGACCUAGUUGUGUCAUGUGUAACGGGUAAAACCUGUUUUUUUUUGUAUUUUUAUUUUUUUGCAUGAGAGUUGUCGUAAAAGCUCAAACAGCUUUUACACUCGAAAAUAAACACGAGGUAUUGCCUCCCCGCUACUCACGCCCACCCAACUUAUCACUCUCAACAAGGCUUCCAUAUUUACCCUAUUAUAAACCCUGUACAGACGUAUUCAAAUAGUGAUCAAUGUCAAUUUUGAAAAGAUCAUCUGUGAUAAUUGUAUUCGUUAAUACAUGUUUCAAACAACA